AUGAGGUCCUUGGCUGCCCUGCCCGUCCUGCUGCUCCUCAUCCUGCACCUCACCGCUGGGGCGUCUGCAGCACUGAGUUACGUGAUCACAUCCCCAGCUGUGAUCUACCACCCCCACACAGCGAUGCUGUGGGUCCAUCUCAGUGGCCUCCACAAGCCCGUCCAGGUGACCGUCCAACUGCAGAGAGCAGACAGGACCCAUAACAUCACCCUGCUGGAGAGGGAGGUCCAGGAGCCUCAGCUGUACCUGAACAUCACCUUUCCCGCUCCAGCCCCUGCCAAAGGGAAGGAGGAAAUCGCAGACCUGCACAUCUCAAUCCAAGGAGAUUCCCUGGAUGUCUCCAAGAAGAAGAAGGUGAUGCUGAGAGCCCUGGAGCCUGGGAUCUUCAUACAGACAGACAAGGCUGUCUACAAGCCUGGACAGCAAGUGAAGUUUCGCAUUGUCUCUUUGGAUAAAGACUUCACUCCCAGCAAUAAGAAGCUGCCCCUUGUGCUCCUGAAGGAUCCCAGCGGGAACCGCAUCGCGCAGUGGCGGGAGGUGAGCCCGCGGCAGGGCAUCGUGGAUCUGUCCCUCCCACUGGCUGCAGAGCCGGCUCUGGGCACGUACAUCAUUGAGGCGGAGGGGCAGAGCCACUCCUUCAGUGUGGAGGAAUAUGUGCUGCCCAAGUUUGAGUUGACCAUUGAUCUCCCCGCCGUGGUGCUAGAGAAGGACAAGAAGUUCCAGAUGGAGAUUUGUGGACGGUACACCUACGGGAAGCCCGUCCAGGGGAAGGUCCAGGCCAGCUUGUGCCAGCCCUUCAGUAUCCUGUACGAACUUCACGGUGUCCCCCAGAAAGAGAUGUACUGCAUCGAGGUCGGCGGGCAGACUGAGAAGAACGGCUGCUUUUCAACAGAGGUUUUGUUGACUGCCUUCAACCUGACCAGCUCCAUGUAUCAGAAGCAAUUCCAAGUCCAGGCAUCGCUGGUGGAGGAUGGGACAGGGCUGGAGCUGAAAAACACUAAGAGCUGCAAGAUUUUACCCGAAAUCCUCACUGUCACCUUUGAAAACACCAAUGAUUUCUACAAGCCCGGCAUCCCCUACACUGGGAUGAUGCUGCUGAAGGGAGCCGACGGUGCCGUGCUGCCACAGAAGCAGCUCUUGCUCAUCGUUAGCCAGGAAGGAAAAGAUACGAGACAGACCUUCCUGACAGACAGAUCGGGGAGAGCCUCCUUCGAGCUGGAGACCUCUGGAUGGAGUGGCAUGGUCUCCUUGCGUGGUCAAGUCAACAAAGCAGCUCACACCCAGAAUGACAGAUCGACACUCAUCUAUCCAAAUGCUUAUGCCUACCUCAGCCCCUUCUUUUCGGCGAGCAGGAGCUUCCUGCAGAUCCGUCGCCCGGAGAGUGAGCUGCCCUGCGGCCAGCCCCAGCAGCUCUGGGUGGACUACAUCUUCAGCAAGGAGGCCCUGGGGACUCAGCCGGAGAGCCUGGAUGUGGUCUUCCUGGUCCUGGCCAAGGGGACCAUUGCCUCUGUCCUCAGGAAAGAGCUGCCUCCAGAGGCUGGGCUGAGAGGCUCCUUCUCCCUGGAGCUGCCUAUCGGCCCUGAGCUGGCACCCAUGGCCAAGGUGCUGGGCUACGUGGUGCUGCCUGAUGGUGAGAUGGUGGCUGACAGCACCAAGCUCAACGUGGCCAAGUGCUUCCCCAACAAGGUGAAGAUGGCUUUUUCGGAGGACAGGGCUCUGCCCGGCUCGGCACUGCGGCUGGAGCUGGAGGCUGCCCCAGGGUCCCUGUGCGCUGUCCGUGCUGUGGACCGCAGCGUGCGGCUCUUGAAGCCCGAGGCUGAGCUCAACACGGAGGCAAGGAAUUCCCAGAUGGACACCUACAAGUUAUUUCAGAAUGCAGCACUGAAACUUUUCACCAAUGCCAAGACCAGCGAUGAUUGCAAAGAGAGGUUCGGCUUGCCUGGGAGAGCGGGUCCCCAAGGUCCCAGAGGUGGCUUUGAUUUCUAUGUCACCUAUUUGAGGAAAGGAAUUGAUGACCCAAAUGUAAUGUACCAUGGUGUCCCAGAAGUAAUGGACGGUGGUAUCCCAGUUGUCGCUGUCCAGGAAGAGCCACCGGCACCCCGGACGUAUUUCCCAGAGACGUGGCUGUGGGACCUGGUCCCCGUGGGGGAGGGGGGUUCUGCGGAGGUGACGGUGACAGUGCCCGAUGCCAUCACCAAGUGGGAAGCUGGGAUGUUCUGCAUGGCCCCACGGGGCUUGGGGCUGGCCCCUGCCACCACCCUCACGGCCUUCAAGCCCUUCUUUGUGGAGCUGGCGCUGCCCUAUGCCGUGGUCCGCCAUGAAGCCUUCACCCUCGUGGCCACCGUCUUCAACUACCUGCGGCAGUGCCUGCGGGUUCGGGUGACACUGGUGGAGUCGGCGGAGCUGGAGGUGUCAGCGAGCGUGGGCGAGGUGUACAGCGGUUGCAUCUGUGCAGACGAAGCAAGGACCUUCCGAUGGGGCGUGCGAGCCACCAGCCUGGGGGAGGUGAACAUCACCGUCAGCACUGAGGCCCUCAGCUCCAAGGAGCUCUGCGGCAACGAGAUGCCCAUGGUGCCAGCCCAAGGGCGCGUGGACACUGUGAUAAAGCCCUUGCUGGUGCAGCCUGGGGGGAUCCUGGAGGAGAAGGCACACAACUCCCUGCUCUGCCAGGAAGUUGCUGAAGAAAUCUCCCUGGAGGUUCCUGCAAAUACCUUGGAGGGCUCCCAGCGAGCCCACAUCACCGUGAUGGGUGACAUCAUGGGCAAUGCUCUGCAGAACCUGGACUGCCUCCUGGCCAUGCCCUACGGCUGUGGGGAGCAGAACAUGGUCCGCUUUGCCCCCAACAUCUACAUCCAGCAGUACCUGGAGAAGAGUGGGCAGCUGCACCCCGACAUCCGUACCAAGGCGCAGGGCUUCCUGCAGAGCGGGUAUCAGCGAGAGCUGCUCUACAAACACAAUGAUGGCUCUUACAGCGCCUUCGGGAAGAGUGAUCCCAGCGGCAAUACCUGGCUGACGGCGUUCGUCCUCAAGUCCUUCGGGCAAGCCAGAGCCUACGUGGCCAUCGAGGAGCGGCACAUCACAGACGCGCUGCACUGGUUGCAGAAGAAACAACGGGAGACGGGCUGCUUCCGCAGUGUGGGGAAGCUCUUCAACAACGCCCUGCAGGGUGGCAUCUCCGAUGAGCUCUCACUGUCGGCUUAUGUCACGGCUGCGAUGCUGGAGCUGGGGCUGUCCCCAGCGGACCCGAAAGUGAGCUCAGCCCUGCAGUGCCUGGAGGCCUCAGCCACGGACGACCCUUACACGCAGGCGCUGCUGGCCUAUGUCUUUGGGCUGGCGGGGCGCAGGGAGCAGCAGCAAGCCCAGCUGCAGAGCCUGGCCCAGCACAGUGUCAGCGCAGGGGGGCAGCUCUACUGGCGGAGGAAGGGGAAGGCUCUGCCCCCCUCGCAGCCCUCCUGGGCUGCCGCUGCACCAGCGGAGGUGGAGAUGACCGCCUACGUCCUCCUGGCCUACCUCUCCCAGCCCCAACUGUCCUCUGCCGACCUGGGAACUGCUUCCCAAAUCGUCCGCUGGCUCAGCAAGCAGCAAAACCCCUACGGGGGCUUUGCCUCAACGCAGGACACCGUGGUGGCCCUGCAAGCCCUGGCCAAGUACGCCGCCCUGACAUACGGCAGCAAUGGGGAGAUCAUGGUGACGGUGACGUCCCCGACGGGCACCACGCAGGACUUUGUGCUGCACAACAGCAACCGGCUGGUGCUGCAGCAGGCGGCUCUGCACGAGCUGCCAGGGACGUACGGGGUGCGAGCUCGCGGGCAGGGCUGCGCCCUGGUGCAGGUGACCCUGCGCUAUAACGUACCACCCCCUCCAACCACGGGGAUGUUUGACCUCCAUGUGGAGACGGAGCCCGGGGAGUGCACAGGGGAUGCCAGAACCCGCUUCCAUCUCCUCCUCCGGGCACGGUACACUGGGGACCGUCCCGCCACCAACAUGGUUGUCAUCGAGGCCAAGCUGCCGUCUGGCUACAUCCCGGACAAGAGCUCUGUGGUGGAGCUGAAGAGGCAGAAGCUGGUGAAGAAGGUGGAGGUGCAGCCCGACCAGCUGACGAUUUACCUGGAUGAGCUGACAAAGGAGGAGGAGACCUUUGCCUUCACCGCCACGCAGGACUUCCCCGUGAGGAACCUCCAGCCAGCCACCGUGACGCUGUACGACUACUACGAGACAGGUGACCGCACGGAUGCUGCCUACAGUGCACCUUGCAGCUCAGGUAGGGGCCGAGCCUGA